AUGGCGGCUCCGGCAGCAACUCAGGCCUCCCACACCCUCCGCCUGGUCCUCUCCUGCAGAAAAUUCACCGCGCAGGUCACCUGUCCCAGCAGCCACUCCAUCAUAGCAAUGGCCUCGUCCUCCGAGCAAGAGUUCGCCAAGGAGUACACAGCAAAACUCAAUCGCUUCCCACGCUCGAAGCUCUACUGGAACUCCACAACGGCUUCGAGGGUCGGCGAAAAGCUCGCCGCCCGCCUCCGGGAAAUCGGGAUCUCCGGCGUCCGUAUCGACGCCCAGGAGGAGCUGGCGAGGCCCAUCCACUACCGCAAGAUGCUGGGCCCCUUUUUCGCAUCGGUGAAGAGGACGGGGAUCGCGGUCGAAGGCGCCGAGAAAUUGGUGUUUCUGGGUUGA